CCCGUCUGCUUUGCGCUCGCUGGUGAGGAGCAGAGUUCCUGCUCACCCAUAGCCAGCAGCAUGGUCGAUUCUUUUGUACAGAGCAAACUCAGAGAUAAUAAAGUUACCCUUUUCGUGAAGGGAUCCUGCCCUUACUGCAAGAAUGCCAUAGCAUUGCUGAAGGAAUUCAACUUUCUGCCAGGAUGCCUGGAAGUGGUUGAUAUCACCGGGAUGGAUGACAUCCAGGAUUACUUCCAGAAAACAACAGGGCAGCGAACCGUCCCUCGUGUGUUUAUUGGGACAAAAUGCAUUGGAGGAUUUUCAGAUCUGCAGAAGAUGGAACAGCAGCUCCCCAUGAUGCUACGUCAGAUUGGUGCUCUGGUGUAGCUGAAGGUGCUUCUGCUUUCAGGAGAGAUGACCAUGAACUGUGACCUCACCCUUUUGACAUGCAUGCAUCUUGGGACAGAUUCCUUCCAGCUGCUUUCUGUAGGAUUGAAUGCACCUUUUUGGGGAAUGCAACUGCCCAUUUCAUUCACAUGUACCUCAACAUGUCACAUCUCUUCCUACUUUCUGUGGUACUGAAUAAAAUAUACUUCAACAAAGUA